AUGGCUUUGAGCGACUUCUUUGACAUUGCACACGUUUUCUGGCCGUGUAUUUCAGGCGGCGGCGGCUGGGGCGGCCAGGGCGGCGGCGGAUACGGCGGUGGCCAGGGCGGCGGAUACGGCGGUGGCCAGGGCGGCGGAUACGGGGGCGGCCAGGGCGGCGGAUACGGGGGCGGCUACGGCGGUGGCCAGGGCGGCGGUCCGAUGAAGGGCGGCUACGGCCAGACGGCCCGCUCGGCGCCCUACAGCUCCGGCCAGCGCGGCGGAUACGGCGGAGGCGGCGGCGGCUACAACCGGUACUGAGCGGCUGCCGGGCCGGCUCGAGUCGUCUCGCCCUCCACUCUCCCUCCGGCCGUCCGGUCAGCAUCGCCCCGGGUCUGACAGCCGGGGGCAGGGGGCAGGGCAGUUACUAGUGGGAGGGGUUUUACGCUCGCCACGGCGCCCGUUGGGCCGGCCGCCAGCCAUCAGGUCCAUUUUCAGCCGCGGCCAUCGGCCUACGUCCGACCCCGGCAUAAUGUCUCAUCAUCUAUCAUUCAUUAAGUGAUUGGCUGCUUAUUGUGGUGUCCGUUUUUAGAGGCGGGUUUGACCGAUGAUAACAUUGUCUGUACGUCAGUGUGCGGCGUCUGAGCCGUUUGGAGGCGGCGGCCGACUAGCCGGCCGCCGGUAGGUCCCGAGCCCCCGAGAGGUCGCACGAGCUGCUGUGGCAGGCCCGGGAGCCGACAGCGGCCGCCCGCCCCCCUCCCGCCCGUGCGCUGUAACCAGUACGCAGACAGUGACAGAUAAUACAUGGCGAUGACCCAGCUGUGAUAUCACUGUGUAGGGUGUCUCUUCUAAGCAGGCUCUGGGGCGGGCCGUCCCCACUCAGCCAGGCAGGGCGCGGCACAGCGCCGGCCACUCACAGGCUAAUCUGACAGGCUAGUUUGUGUCUCGGCCGAGUAGCGGUGCAGCGCGCGGCCGCCUCUGGCGCGCCCGCCGGCCGCGGCAGGGUAGGCAGACAGGCGACAGGAUCAGCUAGACCGUGUAGGAGGCGUCAGUCGCCGGCUCUGAGACGGUUCGAUAGGAGGUAGGCGAGGCAGGCAGCCGAAGGGCUGGCCACCGACAGGGUAAGGCUACUGGGCUCUGUUGUAUGUAGUUCUGCAGGUACUUUUCUUUUCAGAUCAGUAUUUGUGAUCACAUUGAGAUUAAUAUGAGUUUCCAUGAGCAUUUUUAAGUCAAACGUUAAAAAAGAUAAUGAGGGUUUUUUUGCGUAGACGCUGUUUUCCAUUUGAUGUAUCUUUCUUUGUUGUUGUCACGUGUAGUAACUUGGUUCAUUAGUUAUGGUUGCGGCAUUUAUUGAACCUAUUGUUUACCUUUAAAUUCAAUUUGUAAAAUAUUGUUUGUUUUCAUCACAACCAGUGGUCACAAUGACUCAAUGCACCUAUCACGUAAUGAUAAUUAGUGGAAUUAGUCUUACAUCGGUUAUCUUUGUUUCCUUAAUCAUCGAUUCAUUGAGUAAAUAUAGCUUAUAACGUUUAUGGUUUGAUAUUAGCUUUAUUCACUUUCGGUCAAAGAUUGUCACUGCUCUGAAUCUUCCGCGCCCUAUUCUAACCGGCUCUAUUUUACAGGUUUGGUGUGCGGCCUGCGUCCCGGCUUCCCAGUACAAAGCCAGUUGCUGGCCAGCAAGUGAUAACGAUGUAACCGACUGUGAUACGAGACGGUGCAAUACAUGUAUUGUUUUUA